GCGCAGCCGCGAUCCCCCUUUCACCGACAUCAACCUCCGUUCCACAUCUCGAUGCCCACCUUGUGGCAACACACGACCAUUGCACCUUGAUGAUACCAACUACACAUAUACCCUGACGGCCUGACUGAACCCAUUAUCGCAACGUGGCUUGUUUAGAGUUUUGUGUCCUCGCGGCAGCAAACUCUGCGCUGUCGCUGACAGUUGCGAGCACUAGUGCCACACAGAUGAGUACAUAAUGCCAUCAAGAAGAGGCAGCUUUCAAUCUCAAUCUUCUUCCCUUCAUCUCAUCGAGAGUCGCGUGCCUCCCAUCCCAUUAGAAGCUCUGCGCUCUCACUGGGUCAUCACAGCCUAUCCCAGCGCAACAGGCUCACCCACUUGCAACAACCGUCUCUUCCUUCUCCCAUUGCAAUCACACGAUCGACGUUCGCUUUUCCAAUCGCCAAACCCCCAUUCUCGCUCGCAAUGGUUCACAUCUUCGACUUCCCGCGACCUCAUAUACGACCAUUACGUCACCGUCGAGGGCGGCCAUACCUACGACUUCGACAGCAACACACUCCGAGGCGCCAUAAACGAGCCCCUUGAUCUGACCUUUACUCAUACUUGUAAAAAGGCGGCAAGUGAUCUUAAGGGUUUGGCUCUGGCAUCGAAUACGCUCAACCCUUUCAACCGUCUACUCAGAGGAGCAUCGCGCCACCGCCGGCCGUUUCAAACCUGAUGGUGGAGAAUCUCCACUUGCGGUUAGGCCACAAGCUGGAUAUCAUUUGUCCAGACAAUAUGAUCCUUCUAGAUGUCGUCUGGACGGAGCUGUUGGAAACCCAUCCCAAGUUCGCCCCAUAUGUGACCCGUCUCAGAAACAGACCAGAAGA